AUGAUUAGAUUGGAGGAUAACAAAGGUGACAGACCUUCACAAGGUUUUUUCUCCCGUCACAAGAAAUUGCUGCUCGGUGUGGGAGCUCUUUUGACCCUUGAGAGUGGUAGUCUUUUGUACGGGGUUCAUCAUGGUGGAUUGCCUGAAACUACACCAGUACAAGGUCCAACAUGCGGCAAGAUUGAACCAUUGGCGCCAUCCUUUAACAAAUCUGUGGAAUUGAUUCUACACGAUGCAGAGUUUAAGAAGGAAUCCAUCGAGAGGUUUUCAGGUGCUAUUCAAAUUUCUACUGAAGUUGAAGACGUUCAUCCAGUACCUGCCGAUGACCCUGACUACUAUGCCAAUUUUGGUGAAUUCCACGACUAUUUGGCUAAAAUUUACCCCUUGACCCAUGAGCAUUUGAAAUUGGAGAAGGUCAAUCAAUUUGGGUUGCUUUACACUUGGGAGGGUUCUGAUAAGGAAUUGGAGCCUUUAGUGCUUAUGGCACAUCAAGAUGUGGUUCCUGUCAAUAAAAAGACUUGGGACGAUUGGGAAUAUCCACCAUUUUCAGGUUAUUAUGAUAAGGAAACUGACUACAUCUGGGGCCGUGGUGCAUGUGAUUGUAAAAACUUGUUAACGGCGGAAUUGGAAGCCAUUGAAUUGUUGUUAAAGGAUGGAUAUACUCCUGAUAGAACUACCAUUGUUUCUCUAGGGUUCGAUGAAGAAUCUGGUGGCCGUCAAGGUGCUCAACAUUUGGCAAAGUUCUUGGAAGAAAGAUACGGCCCAGAUAGUAUUUAUGCCAUUGUAGAUGAAGGUGGUGGUGUAACAGCUUUUGACGAUAGUACUAUCAUUGCAGUUCCAGUGAAUGCUGAAAAGGGUUACGUUGAUAUUACCUAUACUAUUAACGGUCAUGGUGGUCAUUCUUCAGUCCCACCCGACCAUACUACUAUUGGUGUUGCUGCCGAUUUGAUUUCAAGAUUUGAAAACCAUCCAUUCGAACCAACAUUUACACUAGAUAACCCGAUUUACAAAUUUUUGACAUGUGCUGCUGAGCACUCAGAGGAUAUUCCAUGUUCUUUGAAGAAGGAUAUCUUGAAUGCACCAAAAUCUCCAAAGAGUAAGGAACAAUUGACUCAAUUUUUGGCAUCUGAAAGAAGUUACCGUGAUUUGAUUAGAACCACUAGAGCUGUCGACAUCAUUAAUGGUGGUAUUAAAGCUAAUGCAUUGCCUGAGGUGACCAGUUUCUUAGUUAAUCACAGAAUUGAUAUCCACUCAUCUGUCAAUGAAACAUUGCAAGCUGAUUUGAAAUACGCCAGAAAGAUUGCCAAAAAAUACGGGUACGGAUUGUCUUAUAACAGCGAAUAUUUGUUACCAGAGACUGAAUUAGGUACCAUUGAAGUUGCAAUUGUUCAAUCAUUGGAACCUGCUCCCGUUUCACCUUCAUCUGGUCCUAUUUGGGAUACCUUUGCAGGUACCAUUCAAAAUGUUUUUGAAAAUGGUGUCUUUGCUGGCAGAGACGAUAUUCAAUUUUACGUUUCUACUUAUUUGAUGACAGGAAAUACCGAUACUAGGUACUACUGGAAUCUAACUAAAAACAUCUACAGAUUCAUUGCCUCUAUCGGUGAUGAAACUGUUCCAAAGACAAUCCAUUCAGUUAACGAACACAUUAGAGGAGAGGACCAUUUGAGUGCAAUUGCCUUUGUGUAUCAAUACAUUGUUAACGCUGGCAGUGCCAAAUGA